AUGAGCGAAGGAGACACGAUAGCAUCCGUCGGUUCUCGCGACUCCGCCUUGGAACGGAGCCCGUCGCCCAAUUCUCCGACCGACGACGGAGUGGAUUCCGUCGAUCCCUUGGCAGAGACCGACGUCGUCCCCGGUGGUAUACCGCGGGCGGAUCUUUUGGCGACUCCGGAACUUGCCGCCUUUUCUCCAUCGAAAGAUGCCAACAAGCCCGACAAUGUGCACGGAAUGGGCUUGCGUCUCGCACUGGAUCGGUCACGAAACUUGAAUCGCUCCAGUCGCCGAGCGGUAGUCUUCUUACUGGACACCGCCACACUGUACGAGAACUACGCGCAGUCACUCGUCAAGGCGACACAGCUUUUGCAGCCGGCCAUUGGACAACAGGCCAACUUGCCGGCUCUGUCCGUCCAGGAGUCCUUGCUCUCGUGGUCCGGAGAAGUACAAAGACUGGCCAAAGCCAUUCGGAGUCGGGCGGCCCAGCCUUUUCAGAACUUUCUGGUCUCACACACUGAAACCGUAUCCGGGGUCCAGCAACGGUACUGGCAGAGCCGCCAAAAAACCAUUCAGCUCCGGCAGAAGGCUCAAUCGUAUCGCUUGCGGUACCUCAAAGCCGCAAACGAAGCGGACCAAGCUCUGGUGGAAUGGAAGGACGAAAACAGACUAGGCGAAUCCACAGACUCGAGCGAGGAAAAACGACCCAAGCGUCUCGAAUCCAAAAUCGAGGAGGCAGAGCGACUGCAAGGGCAAUAUCAGCGAUAUGUUCGUCGAGAGAACGACGCCGUCCGACAGUGUCAGCUUCUCGAAGCAAUGGCUCUCGAAUGCUUACAAAAUGUGGAGGAAGAUCGCCUAUUCAUCUUUGUACAGUGCAUGAUAGAUUCGUUGAUGUUCGAGAAGGAGGCCGUGGAUGAAAUGAUGAUAUCUCUAAAGGAAAGUGCCGAAGACAAGGUAGUUACCGAGACCAUUAUUUCGGACAAAAAAGAGAGCAAGCCUUUCAUGAAGCUUUUGAAAAAUUCUUCGAAUGGACUUUCGCAACUUUUCGACGAUGGUUCAGGCGCGAUGGAUGCCGAUACUUUGGGUUUGCCCGAAGAGAUCGGCCAGCUUCGCGAUACUGUUCGAUCCAAAAUGGCUCUACGCGCAGUUCGCGUGCAGGUGGGACGGGCUUUGUCAUCCUUCUUGGAAAGUGUCGCCACCGCCUCGGCUCGAUUGAGCAACGGGAUCCUUCAACAGCUACGAAAAUUGGACACCAAGUCUGGCGACCCCGACCAAAUUCGUCAAUGUGAAGGUGAGCGAACACUGCGGAUUUGGGACUCUCUGACAACAUCCCUUCAAACAGAAGCAGACGGGGCGAUUUUAUUGGCGAGCUCCUUGCGUACACUCCGCACCGACAAACUUGACGUGGUUGUAAUGUAUGCCGAAAAAUCUACCAAAACAGCCGCCGAUACGGAGGAGAAUAUGUGGAAGCAACUGUGCGAGGCAGCACGAUCGCAAGGCAAAGCCGAAAACCGCUAUCGCCUUUCGGCUGCCCAAUCCGAAAAGGCUCGAGAGCGCGUCCAAUCGGUGGAUAGUGCUGGUGCUAGCGGAGGCAGCGGAAACACGGAUACGGGGCAGUCGCCCAUACGAGGGAAUAGGAAAGUUUCCUCCGUACGAGUGAAUACGAAAGUUUCGAAGGGCCUCGCCAAUAUGUUCUCUAUUCUACCUGAUGGGGGUGAGCAAGCCAUGAAGAUGUUUCAUCCCGGAGCACGUGCAAGCAUUGCUCAGCAAACGUUGGUUGACGCUGACGAAAAGGAGGAACAGCUGCGAAGAACUCUCGAUUUGGCUGUGGAAGCAAGUGCCAAAGCACUAGAAGCAUACCGUCUCAAUUCGGAAGCUUUAUUGUCUCACUAUGGGACGGAGGAGAAGAGUGGGCUGGAUGAAAUGCGUGCAGCUUUGGAGGAGUUUGUAAGCGGAGUCCAGGCCUUUCGCGAAUCGCGCCAAGACUCUUUGACCAAUGCAUUGUCCUGCUGCAGUAAAUUGCAUGUAAAGCAAACAAAGAUUGAUGUACAAGAUUUUGCUAAUUCAAUUCGAAAACAAAUCCAGAAAAAAGCAUCCGAGAGCAAAGGAAUGGAUAGAGAUGGAGGCUUUAUGUUAGCAGAAUGUCUAGAGCAAUUUCAGGCACUUGGAGGAGACAGAGAUGAUGAUGAUAAUAUUGAUGAUGAAUUGUUUGACGAUCAAGAUGGAGAGGUGGAGCAUUUAUCUGAAACACAAAACUUGGACCAUUCCAUUCCCGUUUUGGACCAAGAGAAUGAAGGUAUACAAGACUCUUCUACUGAGCACGAAAACAAGCAGUCGCAAACUUGGCUUCGUCGGCAGCCCUUUGCGCACCCAAGUUCCUUAAGCAAUCUCCCCAACGGAAUAGCGCUUAAAAAGCUUUCUCUUCGAAGCAAUUUGCGCCGACGGAAUCGAAUCCAUAGCGAGCAGCCGAACCAAGAAGUUGAUAUUCUAUUGACAUACUUUUGGUCGGAACCAAUGGAUAUGCUAGCAACACCACAGAUUGCGCUGUCGUUUCCCUGUUCUUUCCGUGAUGGAAGUCAGCGCCUACCCUCUCAGUACGGGCGUGUUUAUCUUACAAAUCGAAGAUUUCUAUUUGUCAGCUGGACGGGAAAGAAGCUUGUUCUGACAUGGCCGGAUGUGCUGGCCAUCAAACUGUCAAAACGAUCUUUCACUGCAAACAAUGAUACUAUUAGGGUCACGUGUCGAAAAGGGAUUGACGAAGAAUCGUACAUGGUUCUCGGUGGAAUAGUGAAUUACGUAGAAAAAUUGGCAACUAUCAAAAGGGCUAGAGCCGAUGCGUUGGCGGCCCUAGAGGAAGUCAAACAUGUAGUAUCGCAUCCGGUGGACAUAAAAGCUAUGGAGGCCACUACAGACGAAGUCCCACCGGAUGAAACUCUCGGAAAAAUGGAAGUUGUCUUGACGAAGCACAUUCGAAAGAUCUCAAUUCAACGAUUCUAUGAUAUAGUCUGGUCGGAAGGCCAAGGGACGACCGAAAAGCCACUCUACCUUCCAUGGCUGGAGCGCGCAUGCCAUGAUAUUGAUAUGAGUACCUGGGAUUUUGCGCCUUGUACAGGAUCGUGGUGCGGAGAAACUUAUGCACAGAAAAGACACAUUAAGUUCAAGAUACGUCGGAAAACACACCUGUAUAUUGGCCCACCGAUUGCAACUGUGAAACAAACGCACUACUGCCGUGUCGAAGGCAACGACAAAUGUGUCUUGGGUAUGACAAUUGAGUUUGAAGGUGUUCCGUAUUGUGACACAUUCGCGGUAGAAGUUCGAUGGGUUGCGAGACGCGAGGGUGUGGAUGACAUCUUAGUGCAAGUGGGUGUUUUUGUAGAUUUCAAGAAGAAUACAUUUUUGAAAAGCAAGAUCCGAUCUGGAACGAUCGAAGAGACAGCGCCAGUCCAUCGCACUCUUUUCGAAAGUGCCCAAACAGCCUGUAUUGCCGCUGGUGGCGAAAAGCCCUCCGAGAACGAUGAAACACUCGUGCUAAUUGAAGCCACUGCAAAAGGAAAUCCGACGGAUAUUUCUCGGGGUUUGCAAAAAAAUAAUUUCUUCAUUUUCGCCUGCUGUGGACUCGUUCUGGCGCUCAUAACUUGGCGAAUCUUCAUUGCACACGUCCGACAAGGUAACCCUGCUUUUGAAGCAGAUUCAUUAGCUUCCAGUGAUGUGACGUCCUUGGGCCAUCGAAUGAAUAGCUUAGAAGUCGAAGUCAAGGCCAUGCAUGAAACGUUGAAGGAAAUCCUCGAAGUCAUAAAGACUCAACAGUAAAUAUAGCUUUCUAUUCCCAAUAGGUU